GCUUGGGGUGUAACAAUUCCAGCGCUGGUGAUGCAGCGCUGCUCAUCAAGUGUGGCCAGCAAAAGCGCUUUUAUUGGCCUCCAGGGUAUUAGGAGGUAUCCCAGAAUGCCUGUUCAGCCACUCUGCUCAUUGUUUCGCACGCCACUGCCCUGGGCUCAGGUGACCCGCCCUUUAAAUGCCCCGGGAAUUUUAAAAAUCCCCUUCCUGUUUGCUCAGCCAGGUGUGGAGUGCAAUCAAUCAAUCAAUCACUGACCAUGCCUCCACGCCCCAAACGAGCCCCAGCAUGGAACACUUCUGAGCUGCAGGACCUCAUCAGUGUUUGGGGUGAGGAAGCUGUGCAGUCACAGCUGCGCUCCAGCCGGAGAAAUUAUGAUACCUAUGGGCAGAUAUCAAAGUCCAUGCUGCAAAGGGGCCAUGAAUGGGACGUGGUGCAGUUCAGGGUUAAAGUAAAGGAGCCGCGGAGUGCCUAUUGCAAAGCCCGUGAGGGAAACCGCCGCUCAGGUGCUGCCCCCAUGACCUGCCGUUUUUACAAGGAGCUGGAUGCGAUACUUGGGGGUGACCCCACUGCUAAUCCGAGGACCACGAUGGACAGUUCAGAGCAGGGAGAGGAGGGGGAGGGGGAGGGUGUAGAGGAAACUGAGAGUGAGGCUACUGAGGUGGUGGGAGACACCCCGGAGUCCCAGGAGGCAUGCAGCCAGGAGCUCUUCUCAAGCCAGGAGGAAGCUAGCCAGUCGCAGCAGCUGGAACUUGUUGGUGAAGAAGCAGCAGAGGAGCGGGUUCCCGUGUCCUUGAAUCCUCCAGCCCCAUCACAGCUUGCUGAAAGGCUACAUAACUUGAGGAGGAAACCAAGAAAAAGCAAAGAAGAUUUGGUGAAAGCAGUUAUGAAUCAGUAUGCCAGAGAGAAUAAGAGGCUGCAGGACUGGAGAGAGAAAAUGCAUCAGUGGAGGGAAACACAAAGCAGGAGAAAGGAAUUGGCUACCAAGAAAAGCACAAAGCGGCUGAUAAGCCUCCUGGCGUGCCAAACGGACUGUACGCAGUCACUCGUAGCCAUGCAGGCAGAUCACUACCGUGCUAACCUCCCCCCACAUCCCAAAGCUCUCUCCCUUGUACCCCACUGUUUGCUCAAAACCCCCUUCUCCAGCAUCCUGGUUCUUACCACCACCAGCUGCCCCCAACACCUGUACGUUCACCUACCAGCCCUGAGAACUACGACCCUUACCCUAAUGCACUCAACCCUCAUCACCAUGCAGCAUAUUAAUCCUGAAGUGCAGCAGACAUUGCACAGCACUCCAGGCAGGACAUAUUCAAACCUCUGACUGUACAG